GAGAGCUAUAGUAGUUCCACGCAGCUUAUUUGUAGAGAAACGAACCAACCACCACUAUCUCCUUCCUUCUCUUAACUCCAAAAUUGUGGUCUAUAUCAAACCAACCUCUUCUGCUGAACCUUUACUUCACAAUCACCGAAACCUCUUUCUGUCUCUCUCUCUCUCUCUCUCACACACACACACACAAAAUUCAAAAACCACACAUUCUUUCCCUCUUCCUACCAACCUUCCAUGGCGGCAGGACUCUCCACCGCCGCGACCUUAAAGCCCUACAAUCUGCUCCAACCUCCAAUUUCUCUCCCUAAACCAAACCAAUCACUUUUCUUCCACCCCUUAAAAUCUUUCCAUCGAAGCACAAUCCUUCGGCUAAGACCCCCCCGAAGAACGAGUGGCUUCUCCGUUUAUGUCCUCACGGAGGAUCCCAAACGGAACCUCCAGAUCAAAACCAACGAAAAAGAAGAACAAGAAGUGAAUUCUGGAUCUGUGUCUGCAGGAGUGGAAGAGAAAUUGGCCAGAAAGAGGUCCCAGAGGUUCACUUACCUCGUGGCUGCUGUUAUGUCCAGCUUUGGCAUCACCUCCAUGGCAGUCUUCGCCGUUUAUUAUAGAUUCUCCUGGCAAAUGGAGGGUGGAGAUUUUCCUUGGUCUGAAAUGUUAGGUACAUUUUCCCUCUCCGUUGGAGCUGUCGUGGCGAUGGAAUUUUGGGCAAGAUGGGCUCAUAGAGCACUUUGGCAUGCUUCCUUGUGGCACAUGCAUGAGUCGCACCAUCGACCAAGAGAGGGACCAUUCGAGCUUAACGAUGUUUUUGCAAUUGUUAACGCUGUUCCUGCGAUCGCUCUUCUCUCAUACGGUUUUUUCCACAAGGGUCUGGUCCCUGGCCUCUGCUUCGGUGCAGGCCUUGGAAUCACGGUGUUCGGGAUGGCCUACAUGUUUGUCCACGAUGGACUCGUUCAUAAGAGAUUCCCAGUGGGCCCCAUUGCCAACGUGCCCUACUUCAGAAGAGUUGCUGCUGCUCACCAACUCCACCAUACAGACAAAUUCAACGGUGUGCCAUAUGGGCUGUUUUUGGGACCAAGGGAACUUGAAGAAGUGGGAGGGGUUGAAGAGCUAGAGAAAGAGAUAAGUAGGAGAAUAAGGUCGGGUUCAUGACCAUGCCACACUCAUAUUUCAACUAGAGUUGUUUGAAAUAUUUGAGUGUAGAGAAAGAGAAACAGUACAACUAAUGAAUCAAAGUAUAUAUAUUCCAUUUUUGUUCUCUUACACACCUAUUCAUAUUAUAGCAGAACAAAAAUAAUAGGUUACAAAUUCAUACAUACAAAAAAAUAACAUCUAUGUGCCAUAUUUUUAAAUCA